AUGACCGAGAAUUAUGAAGAAAAAUAUCCACUUCCUAAUGAUUUUUUGAUGUAUGCAGCAAAAUUAAGGGAUUCAUGCAUCAGAAAACUUGAAUCGAUUACAUUUAAUUCGGACAGAAGCAUUUCAAUUAAAAGAAAUGUCGAAAAUAUCGUUAGAAGAACUCGAUUUGGCUAUUACAGCAUUUCGAGUAUAUAUGAAGAUAUUGAUAGUUAUCUCUUGAUGCCGUCGAAUGAAUAUUUUGAUCAACAAAAAUUUGAAAAAAUGGAAGAAAAAAUUUCAAACUUAGAAGAUCAACUUAAAGAAAAGCAAUCCGAAAUUGAACGACUGAAAGGAAAGAAAUCUAUUAGAAAUAUUCAACUAAAGAAGAAUGAAGAUUCUACCAUAUUAAAUGAGAUUUUAGAAGAAGUAGGUAAAGAAAAAAACGAUGAAGAAAUCUGGAUUGCAAUUAAUGCAAAACUUGAAGCCCAAUGGGAUAAUGCAAAUAAAUAUCCUGUUUUUAAAUGGGUAGAAAGGGCUGAAAAAACAUUUGCAACCAACAAUAACAGUUUUGUUGAAGCUGGAAUCUCUGAAACUUUAGAAAAUAAUUAUCUGAAAAAGAAAAGUCUCGUAGCUCAAUCUAAAAAAAGAAAAAUAGACGACAUCGAUAACAAAAAAAAAUUAAAAGUAAAAGCUCAAGUUUCACCAAACUUUUUUAAAAUAAAUGCUCGUUCUCGAAAUGAGUUUUUGAAAAAACUUAAAGGAGAUGAAAAUCUAAAUUUUAUCUUAAAUGAAGAUACCGCAAAUGGAAAUGAUGGCAGUGAAGACGAUGGCGGUGAUGGAGAUGGUAAUGAAGAUGGCAGUGAUGAAGAUGGCAGUGAUGAAGAUAGCAGUGAUGAAGAUGGCAAUGAUGAAGAUGAAGAAAAUACAAAUAGAUUACAUGAAUAUGUUUUACUUUCCGUUGUAUUUGUCUACUUCUCAAUGAAAGAACCAAAUAUGAAAUCAUCAAAUAGUUUACCUCUUCAGGAAAAACAACAUAGUGAUUUGAUUAAUGAUAAUUUUGAACAACAUUUGCCUAUAUUUGGAAAUACUAUUAAAUCCAUAAAAAAAGGAUUUAGCAAGUGGAAUAAUAUGGAGACUGGUAUAAAGAUAUUGGAUGCGAAACUUAAUUAUUUCCAAAUAUGUCAUAUUUACAGUUUAUUGGGCGCAUACAUUUCCUUAUAUAACCUGGCAAUUAAAGAAACAUCACAUAAAUAUAAAUUCCUUAAUGUUGAUCAAAAAAUUAAUAAAGGAAUUUCUCUUGGUGUCGGAGCGAGAAAAACAGCGAUAAGGAAAUGGAUUAAAAUUCAAAUGUUGCAAAUUCUUGGAGUAGAUACUGAAAAAUUAGAAGAGAGAAUCUUCAAAGCAUUAUUGCGCAUCAAUUUUAUACUUAUUAAUGGAAUUUCGUCAAAAAAAGAACUUGCCAUAGCUGGCGCAACACGUAGAUUCUUUGAAACUUCUACCAAGGUGGAAUUUGGUUUUUUUUUAUUUAGAAUUACAGGCAGGGAUUGUAGCCAAGAGUUUGAUAGUUAUUCAAAUGAAAGUUUAAAUGGCUAUAAUUCUAUUGAAAUAGAAAUGGAACCAAUUGAAGUUUAUUAA